AAUUCGCCACGGAAUUUGAGUAACGAAGGGCGCUUAACAGGAAUUUCAAAAUGGUGAGGCACAACAAUGUUAUAUCCAAUGUUCACCGUGUAAAGUGCAAGGGUCGCUUUAUCAAGCCAAUUCUCAACCAGGCUGGCAAGAAGCACGCCAGGAGGGUUGCUCGCCAGAAAAAGGCCGGUGAAAUCACUCCCUCUGGUUUAUUGAGGCCAUUGGUCCAUAUGCCUACCAGGCGUUACAACUACAAGGUUAGGUUCGGACGUGGCUUUACUCUCCAGGAGCUCAAGGCCGCCGGCAUUGGCAAGAAGGUUGCCCGCACUAUCGGAAUUGCAGUCGACCACAGGAGGUCCAACAAGUGCGCUGAAAGUUUGGAUUUAAAUGUCAAUCGUCUCAAGACCUGGUUGUCCAAGUUGGUCUUGUUCCCAAGGAAGAAGCACGCCAAGAAGGGUUUCUCUGGCAUUCCAGAUGAUACGCCAAAGGAGAAGUUGGCCACACUCGCCCUCUCCAAGGUAUCCAUCAAGAAGGUCAUGCCUGUUGUUCAAGAUUUCUUUGCCGAGGCACCAAGGGCAAUCACCGAACAGGAAGCCUCAGCCGAGGUCUACCACAAGUUGAGAGUUGCCAGAAAGGCCGCCAAGGCAAAGAAGGCUGCUGCCGAAUCCGCAUAAGUUUUUUUCAUUUG